AUGGCUAAUGCACAAGCUCAGUUGAAGAGUACUGAGUUGCCUUUUCAGGUUCAUACACGUGAAUCGGACUGGGAGGAUGAUGAGACAGCUGGUCACAGUAUUGCGGACUCUGAGCUGGCUGAUCAAGUAUCAGAGGCAGACCCCGCACAUGCAGAAGAGCUGCAAGAAGGGAUGCUCCUCCGUGAUGUGCCAAAGAGAACGACAUUUUAUGAUCCUGUUGCCGAGCGUCAGAUGACCCAGACCGAUGCAAAAUUGUUCUACCAGCGAAGCCAGAUUGAUCUAAGAGGUGAUAGCAGCGAGUGGGUGCACAAAACGCCCCAGCAGAGUCCUUCGAUUCAAGCUGGUUCUCGUCCGGCAACUGAGUACGGUGCUGACUCCCUAAUCCUGGAGCAAGAUUGUGCACAUGCUACGCUUCAAGAACAGCGUGUACCUGGCGUCUCAAAUUCGGGCCUUGCUAGCAAUAGCUUUCUUGAUACGGAACCUCACGUCACAGCUGAAUUAGCCGCAAUUACAAGGAAUAUCCAAAAAAUCGUGGAUCUACGCCGCCGCUAUAUCGCGCUCUCUUUGCAAGGCCCGAGUGAUAACCCGAGAGACAGCGAAGAAUGGGAGAUUUAUCCGCCACCACCAGAACCAGCCUGGAGAGAGGCCAGCCAUGCUAAUUCCCGCUUUUCACGGCAUAAGGCAACAUCCGCAAAUGACUCGAGCCAAGAAUUCGACAUGGACGACCUAAUGCCUCUACCAGGAGACGAUGGGUGCACUUUUGAGCUUGAUUCGAAUGGUGUUUAUCAGGUCCUGGGUGAUGCUGCUGGUGCAGAGCCAGCAAUUAAAAUACCAACCAUACGAGAAUUCUAUAUGGACCUCGAAUCCAUCCUGAAAGUUUCGUCAGAUGGCCCGAGCAAAAGCUUCGCGUUUCGAAGGCUGGAAUACCUGGAGGGCAAAUUUAAUCUUUACGCCCUUCUGAAUGAAUACCAAGAGACGGCAGACAGCAAAAAGGUUCCCCACAGGGACUUCUACAAUGUCCGAAAAGUCGAUACCCAUGUUCAUCAUUCUGCUUGUAUGAACCAGAAGCAUUUGCUACGAUUCAUUAAGAGCAAGAUGAAGAAAUACCCCAACGAGGUGGUUCUGUAUAGGGAUGGAAAGCACCUCACGCUGGCCGAAGUCUUUGCUAGUAUUAAUCUCACUGCUUACGAUCUGAGCAUUGAUACUCUUGACAUGCAUACCGAUAACUUCAUUCACGGUCGUUACCUUGCAGAAAUUACCAAAGAAGUCAUCGAAGAUCUUGAGUCUAGCAAGUAUCAAAUGGCCGAGUGGCGCAUCUCGAUUUACGGCAAAUCUAUCGACGAGUGGGACAAAUUGGCCGCAUGGGUAGUGGACAACAAGCUCUUCUCACACAACCUAUUGGAUUUACUAUACUUUCGCCAAUAUGGCUUCGUUGAACUUCUGGAGGCAGAGACGUGGCUUCAAUACCUUCAUACUUCGGCCGCACUGUGGCGAGGCUGGAGAUACAUCAGCCACGGCCUUUUGCUCCGCAAAGUGCCUCUACUCCAGUAUAUAUUUUAUCUGGAGCAGAUUGGCAUGGCCAUGUCACCAUUGAGUAAUAACGCCUUGUUCCUCGCAUACGAGAGAAACCCCUUCCAUCAGUACUUCAAACGCGGUCUUAAUGUGUCACUCUCAACCGAUGAUCCACUUCAGUUCGCCUUCACGAAAGAGCCGCUCAUUGAAGAAUACGCCGUUGCGGCUCAAAUCUGCAAGCUGAGCUCUGUGGAUAUGUGUGAACUGGCAAAGAACUCGGUAAAGCAGAGUGGUUAUGAGCGAGCGGUCAAACAGCAGUGGCUCGGUCCUGAUUUUGAAAAGCCCGGUAAGGAAGGGAACAAAAUGGUGAAGACCAACGUGCCAGAUCGCCGGGAAGAGUUCCGUUAUCUCACACUAAUGCAAGAGAGAGAUGUCCUUCAUCGAUUCUCUGCAUAUGACGCUGCAAACGAAUCUGGCACAUUCAGAACAACCAAUAACCAGGCAACUACGUUCGGCAAGCCGCAGUGUUUAUCAUCCCUGUCAAGCAAACCCAGUGUGAACGGCAAGUUGAAUACGGAGCGUGCGGGGCCACCUGGUUUGAAUGGCCGUCCCUCUGAUAGCGCUGCAGACUGGCACCUUUCCGGCAGCGACCCGCGUUUGUUCCCCGGUAUACUUGGCAGGGAGCGUCGCGGGGGCAGCCUGAAGAGCCUCGGUCAAGUGCCAGAAAAGACCCUUGCUGGUAAUGAAUAA